UUGGAUGAAGCAGAGGAGCGUGAAAUUCGUAAAUUAAAGCGACGUCUUAUCGCUGAAAAGAAGACACUACACGAACACGGAGGCGAAAAGAAAAGGAAAGUAUCGCCGUCAAGGUACUCAGAAAAUUCCGAUUGGAAAAUCUUGAUUGAUAGCUUCAGGCAUCCGGAAUCUGACAUUGUUCACAUUCGAGGCCUUACAAGGCCCUUUACCGAUCGAGCGUUGAAAGCGGAAAUCACGAAAAGCGGUGGUCAGAUAGUUGACUUUUGGAUUGACAGCGUCAAAAGUCAUUGCAUUGUUCAGGUAUUUUUUUCGAAUAAUGAAUCGCUUUCACGGAUUGCCUCCGCUGAGGGUUCUCUCUCACUGAAGGAUCUAGCUUCCAUGAAGAAGUCCGACCAUCUCGUUGGCGGCCGUCCAGGUGUUCGCUCGACGUCCCAAGGGAUCCAGUCAGUAACCCCCUGGUCCAACGGCCGACCUAUAUCGCAUAACGUGUUCGGCCCGUCUGACCUUCGAUUUCUUAAACAACGGCAUCCCUGA